GCAGAGAUUGAUGAGGCAGCGAUCGAGUCCCUGAUCCGUUGGUACUGCCGAGAGGCUGGUGUUCGAAAUCUGCAGAAGCACAUCGAACGGGUCUGCCGAAAGCUGGCAACGAAAGUGGUUGAGCAGCUGGAGGAGACGAAGGGGCCUGAAGAAGCAGACGCAGCCGCCGGCGAGAAACAGGUCAUCGAGCUGCGGGUGGACGAAGGCUCGCUGAGCGACUACGUCGGCAAGCCAGUCUUCACCUCGGACCGGCUAUAUGAAGGGGCCCUUCCGCCAGGCACAGUGACAGGCCUUGCCUGGACUGCACUGGGAGGCUCUGUGCUUUACAUCGAAGCCACAGCACUGCCACGCCGCGGCGCCACGGCGGAAGGGGCGCCGAAGGCACCGCCAGCGCUGGCAGUGACGGGCCAGCUGGGCAGCGUGAUGAAGGAGUCCUCCUCCAUCGCGCUCCUUGUGGCACGACGACAGCUGGCUGCGCGAGGUUCCGGCUCAUCCUUCUUUGAGGACCACGAGCUCUUCUUGCAUUGCCCAGAAGGCGCAACUCCAAAAGAUGGCCCGUCUGCUGGAGUCACCAUGACCACGGCCCUCCUGUCCUUGGCUCUCGAGAAGCCAAUUGCCACAGACCUAGCCAUGACCGGCGAGGUCUCCUUGAACGGCAAGGUCCUGGCUGUCGGGGGCAUCAAGGAAAAGACGAUAGCCGCACGACGUGCGGGAUGCAAGACCUUGGUGUUCCCCCAAGCGAACCGCAAGGAUUUCGACGAGCUUCCAGAGUACCUGCGCGAUGGUCUUACAGUGCACUUCGCAACGCAUUAUGACGAAGUGUUCGACAUUGCCUUCAAGGCGGAGGACACCUCGAAAGAGGGCAACGGAGAGGCAGCGUAA